AUGAUUGUCAAUCACAAGCUGCCACUCGAAAGCUUGUUGUACUGCGCUGCGCCCAUGGUCGGUCAGUCAGACCUUGCAUUCCGGCUGCAGACAGUACAGAACGGAGCCACAUUGACUUGGACCCAAAUGUACCUCGCCCCAGAGCUCAGUUCCGAUCAAUACAUGCUUGAAUCGCUCCUCAAAAGUCUCGAGAUGGGCAGUAAUGCGACGAAAAACAUGGCCCGCUACAGAGCGAGCCCUCUCCACGAUCAGUCAGCGCCCCAGGUUGUGCAGCUUGCUGGAAACAACGUGCAGCAGCUCGUAGAAGCCGCACGCAGAGUAGCUCCGUAUGCCGAUGCCAUCGAUCUCAAUUUGGGCUGUCCACAACGACAUGCUGAACAAGGUCACUACGGCGCCUGCCUUUUGCCAAAGCAGAAUUGGCCACUCGUAGCAGAGAUCGUGUCAGGCAUGGUGCAAGCGGUCGAUGUACCGAUUACCACAAAGAUCCGACUCCCGGUGCCGAAGGAGCAGACUGCGCAGCUGGCCGUCAUGCUUGCUCAUGCCGGUAGCAGUCUUGUCACUGUACAUCCUCGUUUCGCAUCGUCUGCACGAAGGAGGAAAGGACUGGCGGAUCUCGAUCAAGUAGUGAAGGUCAGAGAAGCGCUGCAAGCACAAGGUCUGCUCCGAAGCGCUGAACAGCCGCACAAAGACACAGCUGUGGUCAGCAAUGGAAACGUGCAAUGUUGGCAAGAUGUCGUCAACAACCUUGAGCUUACAGGCGCAAGUGGCGUCAUGGUAGGCGAGACGCUCUUGCAGAAUCCUGCUCUCUUCCGACCUGCUCUCAGAGACUGUGAACAUGCCCGUCUGCCCACGGCCAAGGAGAUGGCAAUAGAAUAUCUCGACUUUCGUGAUACAUACGAUCAGUUUGAAUCCCCGCUCAAGGUGGCCAAGCAGCAUCUGCAGUCGAUUCUUUGCUCAAUACCGCAUACCAUGCACAACCAUCCAGAUGUCAUAGCUGAGCGACAUCGUUCAGCUGCUUCAAUGACCCGAACCCUCAACAGGAUACAGUCCGACUCGGAUCUCGGCUGGUUUCGGAAGGAGCAUCUCCAAAAGUAG